AUGGUGUUUCUGAACGGCUUCAACUUUACUGAGGCGACGCUUGUCAAGCGCUCCCUCGAAAGCUUUUUCGGCAUUGGUCCAAAAGUCUCGCAAGGCCUGAUGGCCAAGUUCCACAUCCAUCCAUGGGCCAAGGUCGGCAGCCUGAAGAACACGACCGUGCUGGAACUUACUGCAGAGCUUUCAAACAUGAAGAUUGAGAAUGAUUUGCGCAGAGAAGUGCAGGAAAACAUACGGCGGCUCAAGGACAUGGGCACAUAUCGAGGACGACGGCAUGCAAUGGGCUUGCCUGUCCGGGGGCAGAGAACAAGAACACAGAUCACGACUGCACGAAAGUUAAACAAAGGUAGAACGAGGAGGCCAAGGACGGGUACAAGUUGUAGUCGAGAGGGCAAUUUGCCAUGUAUCAUAUUGUACAGGCACAAGUAUGCAUGGGAUGGCGUUACAAGACUUAGCACAUGUCAUUGUCGCGAUAGCAGCGGGAGCCAACGAUAGUUUUGUAGAAGCGGUGCUUACAUCUUCUGGCCCCGGACGACUGUCAAGCGCGAUUUCAAUGCAGCAUAAACACACAGAUUUCCGACUUUAUUACAA